GCAAUUCCUCAUUCCAUUCACAGUGUCCUAGUAUUGACUGAUAAGGAGUGUGCUUUUAGACCUCACUGGGACACAGCAAUUCAGAAACUGGAACACUUCAUUACAAACUGCAAGGAGGCCAUUGUCUUUCUGCAAAACAGUCAGCCCACUUACAACCAACAGAACUCUCAAUACUGUGCAAGAAGCGCGUGAUUUAGUCAGUAAACACAAGACAAUAAUGAAGCUUGUUUUGGAAGAGGCCUUGUUAGUAACACUCAGGCUAAAAGGUGGAACAGUCCUUGCAAGACUUAGAAAGGAGGAGUUCUGCCACACAGAACACUACCGAGAUGCCAUGGAGUUUGUAACCAGAUUGUAUAAUCAAGUAGAUGAGGAAGUCCAUAGACUGGUGCUGUUAUCCAAUAAAUGCCUCCAGCAGCUGGGGAAUCUUGGAGAAGCCAUAAAUUUUGAAGAAGACUGUGACCAGAUGUUGAAAAAAAUUACUGAAAUAUGUGGAUUUGAGUGGAAGAGGGAAGUAUAUUGUGGAGAAAUGUUAAUUUUUGCUGGCAGCAUGACCAUGCAAUAUUAUGGGAAAGGAGUGCAACUGGUGCAAGACGAUAGUUCAUUAAAUAUGGAAGAAAAAGUUCAAAUCCUUGAGAAAUACCUGAGUAACAUUAUCAUUCAGACAGAGAGGAGGAAGACUGAGCUGACAAAACUAGUCAAUUUGUGUGAGUUUUAUGAGAUGGUAAGAGAAAUAUGUUUGCAUCUAUGCCUUAAGCUAGGCUUUGUUGAAUAUAAGAGGAAUCAGGCAGGGACAGCAGACAAACUAGUGUUACUUGGCAGUCCCAUACAAUCUCUUGAAGAAUUAAAAUUAGAAUUUGGACAAAUAAACAGGGCAUUUAACUGUUAUCACAGAACAUCAAGGAGCAGAUAACUCAGAGUUCCUGUUGUGGAAUCCCAAAGAAUCAAUUGUGUGACAAGCAGGAGUUGUAUUAAGAGUAAUGUAAAAUUUUCAGCUCAACUGGUUUUCAGCUGAAUUAGACAAAAUUUCUCUAAUGGCUGCAUACAACAUCUCUCCUCUCUCUGCAAGUACAUAUGCAGGAUUUUGAGAAACCUGUACAGUGCACUGUUUCUUAUGUUCUAUCUGAAUAUAUGAUCUCCAUGCAUAUAUGCCUUGCGAGCCAGAAAUUUUGAUC